AUGUUUGGCAUCAUCCCAUUUAACUUCAGAUUCCGCGGCAAGGUACGUCGGAUCCUUGACAUUUACUUCUGUUUUAUCGAAGAAGGCAACGUCGCCCUGCACCCUACACAGAUCGCGCGCAAAACCGGUAUCAGUUUUGCUGAAGUCGCUCGACGCCUGGAUGCCACCCCGGAGCUGUUCGUUAAACUGCCCAAACGCGACGGCAUCACACGCUACCGCAUCACCACCAGCGCAUCGACCCGCACUGAAGAAGAAACCGAAAAGUUACUCAACAAGUAUGCCCAGCGUGAAUCCUGGCUGUUUUAUGCUUUUGGCUUGAUGGUGCUCGCCAUGCUGGUGAUUAUUGUGCUGACCAUCAUCCCCAACUUGGCCGAUACCUGCGCCGAGUUUGCUCAGCAGGUUCUAUUAGCCAAGGCUGCCGAUGAUCCCGCUCGGGCUCGUGCUGAUAUACGUAGCGCAUCCAAAGCCGCCGGCCUGUUCGCAAUGACUCAGCCCAAAGCUUUUGGCGGCCAGGCGGCUGGUCAGCUUGCGUUAUGUGUUGCACGGGAGACGCUGGCGAGUUUUAACCCACCGUUUAUGGACGCCGUGUUUGGACCCAGUCCCGGCGUCCUGGCACAGGUAGAAGAACCCUUGCGCAGCACUCAUCUGGCGCCGUUACUGGCAGGUGAAAAGCGGGGCAGCUUUGGCUUCACCGAAGCAGACGAUGCACCAGCACCGACCAGCGGCGUGAUCGAAGGUUCAAACCUGCAGAUCAACGGCCAGAAAUCUUAUGUGACCGGCGGUGCCGAGGCGGACUUCAUUAACACUCUGGUACACAUCGCGGGUCGCGGGCCCUCGAUGGUUGUGAUCGAUCGCGCAACUGAAGGCGUGAUCAUCGAUAAAAAAUUCGUCUCUCUGGAUGGCUCCCACCACGCAAUUAUCACCUUUAAAGAUGUCAGCGUGCCGGUGACACACAUCAUCGGCGAAGCCGGUAAAGGCAUGCCGCGUGCCAUGCGACAGAUCGGCGACACCCGCCUGCUGUUUGCAGCGCAGGCCUGUGGCUACAUGAUAUGGGUUGUAAAUCUGCUGACCGAACACCUGCAGGCUCCUGACAAGAGUGGUAACCCGCGCGGCAAUCUUGACGUCAUUCGACUGCGUUAUGCUGACCUGCGCAUUAAAACCUACGCCGCGCGCAGCAUGCUUUAUCGUACCGCGCGCCUGGCUGACCAGGGCGAAAAUAUUGUCAACGAAGCCAUGGCCUGCAAAAUUUUUGCAACCGAAGCGGUUGGUGAGUUAGUCGAUACGGCGAUUCAACUUGUCGGCGGCAGCGCCUUGGUGGAAGAUCAUGCACUGGCUAUUCUCUACCGAAAGGUACGUGCAUGGCGACUGGCCGAAGGGGCCAGUGAUGUCUUACGCUUGAACAUCGGCAGAGGCAUUCUUGAGCUCGGUAAAGGACGCCUGUAA